AUGACGACGUGGAAAGUGGGGAACAACAACACCAACACGACGAUCCCGAAGACGAUCCACCAGAUCUGGCUGGGCAACAACCAGGCGCCGUGCCAGUGGAUGGCGGCGUGGAUGCACGAUUAUGUUCAAGCCAACCCGGAGUGGACAUACCGGCUGUGGCGCACGGAGGACAUUGAGGCGCUACACCUGGAGAACAGCGACAUCUUCGCACUGGAGCCGCACCCGGCAAACAAGGCAGACAUUGCCCGCUACGAGAUCUUAUAUCGGUAUGGGGGCGUCUUCAUCGACGCAGACAGCAUGUGGAUCAACGGCAAGUCGCUGGAUCCGCUGCUACAGCAGGCGUCACAGACAGGGCUCUUCUUCGGUGAGGAGGUGCGGCCAGGCAAGAUGACGGCGCCGAGCACGGUCACGCCCAUCCUGGCGGUGGGUGUUAUUGGGUGCGCACAGCACCACCCCGCGAUGGCGCACGUGGUCCGCACGCUGGGCCGCGUGUACCGGGACCUCCGCUUCACACAGGGUGUGGCCCGCUGGGAGGCGACGGGGCCAGACUUUGCCACCGCUGCACUGCGCGGCGUGCCCAAGACGGUGUUCCCGACCUUCUACUUCUUCCCUGGCGGGUGGUGGGGCACCGACGUGGGCCUUACGCAGGAGGACGCUGAGCGCGUCAACCCAGACUCGUACAUGUACCAGUUUGGGUACAGCACGGGCGACCCCUUGGAUACGCAGAUCAAGCGCGCGCUGGCGUCGGCCUCCGCUUCCCGCAGCGCUGCCAUCAAGCAGUGCCUUCGUCGCUUUGGCGACAACGCGUCAUAACUACGGCCUUUCGCUCUGUGUGUGUGUAUGUAUGUGUUGGUGUGUUGGUGUGUGUGUGUGUGUGUCUGUCUGUCUGUGAGUUGUGUAUGU